AUGGAGGUAUCCAGUGAGUCACCUUACAUAGCCUUGACCACUUCUUGCAUCCCCUCCUCCAAGCAGAUGUCUGAGGACUCAAAAAUCCCUAUCGCUGCCAUAAUCGCCCCAUUUCUCCCCAAUGAAUCCCCAUUACCCCAAGUAGUCUUCCACGAGUCCAUUAUCCGGUGCAAGGACUGUUUGUCCUAUAUAAACCCUUAUGUAACUUUUGAAGAAGUCUGCCAAUAUUGAAGAUGCAAUAUCUGCUCUGCUUUAAACCCUACCCCAUCCUGGUAUAUGGCUCCAAUUGAUGAUCAAGGCAAAAGAACAGAUCUAAAUAAAAGACCUGAGCUUACCCAUAAUUCUUAUGAUAUUAUUGCAACUGAGGACUACAUGACGAGACCUCCUAUGCCAGCAGUCUAUUAUUUUGUUAUUGAUAUUUCAGCUUCUUCUCACGACGCAGAUUUUCUUGAUACCAUUUGUGAUACAAUUCAGUCGCUAAUAACAAAAAAGUCAUUUCCAGGGAUGCCAAGGACACUUGUAGGGCUUUUGGCGUUUGAUACCGAUUUGCAUUUUGUGAGUCUUGACCCUAAUCAAGACCAGCCAAUGGUGUAUACGGUCGCUGGGACUUUUGAAGAAGUAUUUUUGCCUGUUCCUUAUCAAUCUCUCCUUGUACCAUUAGAAGAAUGCUCUGACUUGCUUACAUCUGCUUUAGACCUUAUAAGGACGCUUCAUAGCACUCCUUUUGGCGUUGGGUUCCGCUCAGCUGUAAUGGCCGCUUAUCAAGUCUUAUACAACCAAGGGGGAAAAGCUUUAUUUUUCUUAUCAGACUGUCUUAUAGAGUCAGGACACCCAAAAGAUUUGAAAUUAGAUAUGGAUAAUCCUUAUUAUAAAGAGCAAGCCCACAAUAUGAGCUCAAUGCAUAUUUCUUGUGACCUUUUUGCCACAUGUUCUCAGUUUUGUAAUGUACAGACUUUAUCUGAGCUUUCUUGGCACACUGGAGGAGACGUAUAUUUUUAUUCACCAUUCAGAGGAAAAAGCUCAAUGGAAAAGCUGAGAAAUGAAAUAAAUAUAGCAGUGACUAAAGAUAUAUGCUGGGAAGCUGCAUUUAGGCUUAGAACUAACAAAGAGUUUAAAGCUGAAACAGUUUAUGGGCAUUUUUCUGUUAAAUCUAGAGAUUUGUUGUGUUUUCCUACAUUUAAUUACCAUCAGACUAUCGUAUAUGAAUUUCAUAUUCAUGGGACUGAUCCUUUGCAGUCAAUGCAAAUGCAGACAGCAAUGCUUUAUUCCUCAAGCGAAGGUGAAAGAAAGGUAAGAGUCCAUAACAUCAGGGUAGACAUAGCCAAAACAAUUCAUGACGUUUUAAAUCACGCAAAUUCUGACGCUUUAAUCAAUUUUUUUUCUAAAAGAGCUUUACAAGAAAUGGUGCAUGCAGAUAGGCUUAACUUAGGACGAGAAUUUUUAGAAACCCGCUGCAAAGAAAUAGCACUGGUAUGUGUAAGAAAUUUAGGGAAAAUGCCAAAGAAUUUAGAAGGGUUUACUUUUGGGAUCCAAGGGAUGAUGAAAAGCUUCCUUUUUGCUAAUCAGUAUUUAGGCUGUAAUAGUCAUAUAGACAAUACAAAUUUAGAUUUAUUCCAAUUUUAUAGGAGGAAGCUAGAAACUUUAGGGAUUUCAGGCACCAAAAUUUUUAGCUGCCCUUAUCUGUUUCAGGUGAAGCCAAAUGAGCCAGCAACACCUAUAGGGCUUUCUAGUAAAAAUAUUGACCCUGAAGGAGUUUAUUUAUUAGACACAGGGGUGGAAAUGCUAUUAUGAAUAGGUAAGUAUUUAUUUAUGGGAGAGAUGUCAAUUCUGAUUAUCUCCAAGACUUGGUAGGGAUGGAGAAGUUUGAUUUAAGCAAGAUGUAUCAGGAACUUGAGCUGAAAGAUGAAAAUUUGAUGGAGUUUAUUAAUAGUCAAAGAGGAAGCUGUGGGGUGUAUCAGAGUUUGACGAUAAUUCUGAAUGGGGAUAGCAGAGAACAAAGGUAAGAAAAAAUCAGCUUUUUCUCGAAGCUUGUGGAAGAUAGGACACUUUUGCCGAUUUCUUAUCAGGAGUUUUACCAGAAAGUCUUUGGGUUUGUUUAG